CUCCGCGGAGCAAGACGAGCUUGCUGCGGCUUUUUUGGUUCAGACUGUAGGCUCUCUGAAGACUGAGCUCAACCAGGAGGUGGAGUAGCGUUGCUUUUCUACUCCGCGGGACCAGACAUCAGCUGCAAUGUUGCUAUUGAGCUGAAAUAACACUAUCUGUUGACUGUACUGCAUGACAGCACUCAGCAAACAUGGAGCUUCACAAAUCCGUGACCUUUUGGAUAUUUUGUUUGUGCCUAAUUGGAGAGACUGCAUCUGAAAAACAAAGUUUAUUUUCACCAGACAGUCAAAAUGGUGAAAAUGGCCUGUCAGAUUUUUGUCGUAUUGAUGAACCACUAUGCAAAGACGACAAUGCCGUUCUCACCUAUGAGGCCAUCCGUAGUAUCCAUAAGCAGAUGGACGAUGAUGCAAACGGCAACGUAGAUGUAGUAGAGACUGAUGGCUUCCUUCGAGAAGAUCUUAACUACCACGACCCCAAAGCCAAGCAUAACAGUUUCCAUGGCGAUGACCAGUUUAUCAGUGUGGAAGACUUGUGGAACGCCUGGAAGGGUUCUGAAGUGUAUAAUUGGACAGUAGAUGAAGUGGUGGAAUGGCUCAUCACCUAUGUAGAAUUACCUCAGUAUGUGGAUGCAUUUCGCAAGCUGGCUUUCAAUGGAAGUGUUAUGCCAAGGCUGGCUGUGAAGAACACCACUCUGACAGUCUCCAUUCUGAAGAUUCUGGACCGCAGCCAUGUGCAGAAACUUCAGCUGAAAGCUUUGGACACGGUGCUUUUUGGACCACCCCUCAUGAAUCGACACAACCACCUGAAAGAUUUCAUGCUGGUGGUGUCGAUAGUGAUCGGAAUGGGCGGCUGCUGGUUUGCCUACAUCCAGAAUCGUUACUCAAAGGACCACAUGAAGAAAAUGAUGAAGGACUUGGAGGGUCUCCAGCGGGCUGAGCAGAGUUUGCAUGACCUACAGCAGAAGCUACAGAUUGCCCAGGAGGAGCAUCGGACAGUUGAAGUGGAGAAGGUGAACCUGGAGCAGAAGCUGAGAGACGAGAUAAACGCUGCAAAGCAAGAAGCUCAGCGACUGAGAGAGCUGCGAGAAGGCUCCGAGAACGAGCUGAGUCGGCAGAAGUAUGCAGAAGAAGAGCUGGAACAGGUGCGCAUGGCUCUAAAGAAAGCUGAGAAGGAACUGGAGUCUCGGAGCGGGUGGUCUCCUCCAGAACCUCUUCAGAAGUGGUUGCAGCUCACCCACGAGGUCGAGGUGCAGUACUACAACAUCAAGAAGCAAAAUGCCGAACGGCAGCUCCUGGUGGCCAAAGAAGGGGCAGAAAAGAUCAAGAAAAAGAGAAACACUCUCUUUGGGACAUUCCAUGUGGCUCACAGCUCCUCACUGGAUGAUGUGGACCAUAAAAUCUUGGCUGCAAAACAAGCGCUUGGUGAGGUAACCGCCGCUUUGAGGGAAAGGCUGCACCGCUGGGAGAAGAUUGAGAUCCUCACAGGUUUUACUAUCGUCAACAACCCGGGCCUUCCCUCACUGGUCUCCACCCUCAACCUCGACACCAGCUUCAUGGGCGGCAGGGCCACACCGCAGCACUUCGUCAUGUCUGACGACAUGGACGACUUGGACGAAGGCAUGAUGUCUGCUGGAAUCCUGCAAUCUCCCAGUAUGAUGUCCCUGCGCCAACGCCACAUUGACCCCCAGCUGGCUUUGGGUUCCCAGAGGUUGGUAGAGAGUUCCCUGCUUGCGGGGCAGCAGGGAGAGGGCAACCCUUACCCGUCUAAGCCUAAGCCUGCCUUCAGACAGUCUCGAAGUCAUUCGUUCGGGCAACUCGAAUGUCUUCCUCUGCAAACUCUCUCCUCAGCUGUGUCUCACCCGUCAGUCAUCUGCUCUUUCAACCCGAUCCCUCAGUCUGUGCCGUCCUUGUCCUCUUCCUCCUCCUGCUUGCCCAGCACCUUUGCUGGCGGUUUUGCCCUUCAUUCCUCCCAUGUACAUCAUGCUACUUUCCAGCCCAUGGACCCAAUUCCUGAUUAUAUCUCCAAAGUUCGCUCCUCAUGCAACGACAGUCUCGGGGAAUUGAACCGCUCCGACUCCGACUCCUCUUUGUCCCUCUCACAAGUUGGCGAUCGGCUCUCGGCCUACAGUUCCAAAAGCCACCCGAUUAAGCCCACCUCUCUGAUGUACGGCCUCUCCGGCCGGGCGGACGACACCAUCUCCCUGCACUCCAACGGAGGGAACCGGAUUUAUGACAGCAGCACCGCGGAGAACGUCUCCGGAAGCCCUAUCCUCAUGAAGGAGAUCCACCACAUGGAGAAGUCGCCCAGCCUGGGAGAGAUCAACAGCUUCUCUGAGUCUUCCCGAUCUUUCAGCCCCAACUCGACCGAGCCGGAUACGCCGUCUCCGACGGGUGGCCAGGCGGGAGCGGUGGCUGCGGGGGGUAAGGGCAGCACUCGCAUCCCACAGCUGUCCUCCAAGAAGAGUCCUCUGGAGGAGGACAGCUGCUCUACGGGAGAAGAUACAGAUUCUGCCGUCAUCCGCAAGAAACAUCCCUUCAAAAUCUUCAAGAAGCAGAAGAAAUGAGCAACAUGAACCAAAAGGCUGUCAAAGCUGCUUGACUGUAUUUCUCUAUUUGUCUUUCUUCUUCUUUUUUUUUCUUCUUCUUCUCCUUCUCCUUUUUCUUCUUCUUUUUGUAAUAUCUUGGGUUUAAUUACAGUCAAAAAGAUGGCACAAUUUGCCGAUGUUGCAUUUUACGUGUAUGUUCCGACGCCUGCAUUGGACUGUGUGAGCAACCCACCGUCUGGCUUCCACUGCUCAAUGGUCCAGCAUUUGAAGCGGAGCGCGGCGGGGUAGGUCUGUACAGUGGAAUGUAAAGUAUUAUUUAUUCCUGCAAGAAGUUUUUUUUUUUUUUUUCCCCCCCUCAUUCUACAAUCUGACAUUUUGCAUGUCUUCACUUUUGUUUGACUGAUAUGCUCUUAGUGUUUGCUUGGUUCGUGUUGUUAUCCAGCGUAGAAAACACUCGAUGUUACUUUAAUUACUACCUAGCUGUCUAACCUACGAAUUCAAAUGAAUGCACACUGUUUAUUGUGUUUCGUUCCUCUUUUU